AUGUCGCGUGGAAACCAGUCAGAUGUAUUCGCUGCUCUCAAGGAAAUCGAGAGAGUCACCGAACAUUACAGUAUCGACGGCGUCAUAGAGAUGCUGCAGAAAAUGUCCGGGAGAAGGAGUUUAUCCGAUGUCAUCGAUUACUACGAUCACGAACUGCAAGAUGCAAAAGGCGUGGAAGGCAUAAGACGGCAGGUGUACAAAUAUACAGGCGGAGUUGGACCCUCGGAGUUUGCGAGUGUAUGCAAAGCAUUAGAGGAUGAAUUAGACAUCGAAGAUGCCAUAGCAGAGUUUAAACAGUUGCUCGGAAAGAGAAGCUUUGAGGAUGCAGUCGCUUUGAUCAAAAAAGUCACCGGAAUACCACAACUCAAAUACGCUUUGGAAGCUCUCCUCGAAGAAACUGCCAGAGUCAGUCUAAAGGUGAUAGUGGAAACCUUGUACCAGAUCACUGGCAAGACAGACCUGGAACACGUCCAGCGAGAGUUACUCCGACUCGUACACAUUGACAACAUAGUGAAAGUGAUGCAGAUGACGAACAAAAUAACUAAGAAGCGCGAUCCGCUCAUCAUCUUCACCUCUCUACUUGACAUCACACAAACGACAAAUCUGAGCGACUGUAGCGCCGCUAUCACUGGAUUGACUUUCAAGCAGAUGACCGUACUAGAAGUGAUGGAAGGAAUACAGAAGCAGACCGGAUGUAGCGACAUUUUGGAAUUCUUUAGAAGCAUGUUAACCUACACGCGAACUAAAUCCCUGCGUCACGCUUGGAACGUCAUAGUAACUGUGACGAAGAAAAAUGAUAUCUUCGUAUUGCUGGAAAGUAUGAAGGUUUACACCUCAAUGGACAUAAUGUACUUCUUCCAAAUGCUCCAACGCAUCACAAAUACUACGACUGUUCGAUUGGCUACUCUGAAGGUCACAGAACUGUUCAAAGUUCCGGGUUUCUUUGAAUGGCUGGACACUAUUUACCGAAUUGUGCAAACUGAUAUGGUAAAAUUCUUGGAAGCCUACACGAGCCUUAGUCCUCGCUACUUGAUCGAAGAUGCCGUGAAUAUAAAUCAACAAUACGCAAAAGUUGAAGAGCCAAUACAAGCUUUACGUAUAUUGAGAAAAAAUACAAAAGAACAAGAUAUCCUAAAAGCUAUUGAACAUGUGAAAAAAACGCAACCAAAGGGCGAUUCUAGUCCCUCCACUACAAAACCAGAAACGACACCAUCGAAGCAAAAUUCAAAACCGAAUACAAAACCAACUCAGCAAGUCAGAAAUCAAGAGCCAAAUGCCGAGAAACCCACCUCUAAUAACCAUGAUGGCAAUACAGUAUCUACUAAAGGCCCAUACAAUCAACAAACUCCUAUAAAUAAGCAAAUUAAACCUAAUAAGAAAGCUUCAAUUGAUACGCGAACCGCUAAUAAGCCAACUCCUUCCAGUGGAGGCAAAUCUGCUAAGCAAGCUGCCCCAAACAAACAAACUCAGGCUAAUAAGCAAGACUCUUCCAGAGAAGUUAAGCCUGCUCAGAAGGCUCCUUCAAAAAAUCAUGCUCCAUCUGAUAAGCAAGGUACUCCCAAAAAACAAUCAAAACCUAAUAAGAAAAAAGCACUUCCACGUAAAAAGCAAGCUCCGAUUUCUACCCAAGUUUCUAGUAAAAAAGCUGGAUCAAACGAAGUUAAACCGGUUAAGCCAACUGAAAAUAAUAAGCAAGGGUCCUCUAGCAAACAAACUAAUAAGAGCGUGCCCGAUAGUGAAGAAGCUUCUUCAAUAGAGGUUAAACCUGCUGAGCAAACUUCUCUAAGUAAGCAAAUGCCUGAUAAAAAACCUGAUCCCAAUAAGCAAACCUCGUCAAAUAACAAGCCCCAAACCAUAUCCCAAAAAGUAGAACAUUUAAAACAAGCUGUGUCCAAAAAGAUUACACCUAUAAAGCAAGCUUUAUCCGAGAAGGUUCAACAUGUAAAGCAAGAUCUAUCUAAUAAAGUUGAAUCUAUAAAGAAAGUUGUCUCCGAAAAGGUCGAACCUCUAAAGCAAGCGCUAUCCAAAAAGGUUGAAGAUAUUAAGCAAGGUAUAUCCAAAAAGUUUGAACAUAUUAAGCAAGGUCUACCAAGUAAGAAUAAACCUACAGUAGUUGAUGAAAAGAAGCCUGUUGAAGGCAAGCCAACGGGUAUAUUAAAACCAAUAAAAGGAAAACAAGCAAACGCAAAACCACCAAGUCAAAACAAAGAAUCGGAUGCAAAGAAAAAAAUUGAAGAAGUUCAUUCCAGGAAUCCAGCUGACGAUGAAACAAUGGAUUCCAAUAAACCAACAGCACUCAAGUCAAUGGAAGGCAAUGGGCCUGUUGAAAGGAAGCUGACGGGUGCAGAGAAACCGGUUAAAGACAAACCAAUGGAUGCCAAUAAACCGGAAGCAUACAAGCCAAAUAAUGACAAAAAAACUGACUCCAACAAUCCAGCUGAAGAAAAAACCACAGACACUAACAAACAAAAAGUUAACCCAACAGUUGCCAAGAAACCAACAGAUCCUAAGUCAACAGAUGAAAAUAAGCCUAAUAAAGACAAAGAAAUUGACUCCAAGAAUCCAACUGGAGAGAAGCCAACGGGUGUAAAGGAACCAGCUAAUGAUAGCCCAGUGGAUACCAAGAAUACAAUAGUAACCAAGCCAACAGAAGGAAAUAAACCAAAUAAGGACAAAAAAGCACAUUCUAAGAAUCCAGCUGUAGAAAAAACAACAGGCAUUAAGAAACAAAAAGUUAACCCAACGGAUGCCGAGAAACCAACAGAACCUAAGCAAACGGAUGAAAACAAGCCUAAUAAAGACAAAAAAAUUGACUCCAAGAAUCCAACUGAAGAGAAGCCAACGGGUGUAAAGAAACCAGGUAAUAAUAGCCCAGUGGAUACCAAGAAUACAAUAGUAACCAAGCCAACAGUAGGAAAUAAAACAGAUAACAACAAAAAAGCAGAUCCCAACAAUCCAGUUAAAGAAAAUACAACAGAAACCAAGAAAAAAAAUAAAGUAAAUCCAUCAGUUGCCAAGAAACCAACAGAACCGAAACAAACGGAUGAAAACAAGCCUAAUAAAGACAAAAAAAUUGACUCCAAGAAUCCAACUGGAGAGAAACCUACGGAUGGAAAGAAACCAGGUGAAGAUAAACAAACGAAUGCCAAAAAACAAACCUUACCUAAGCCAACAGUAGGAAAUAAAACAGAUAAUGACAAAAAAGCAGAUCCCAAGAAUCCAGUUAAAGAAAAUACAACAGAAACCAAGAAAAAAAAUAAAGUAAAUCCAUCAAAUGCCAAGAAACCAACAGAACCGAAGCCAACGGAUAGAAAUAAGCCUAAUAAAGACAAAGAAAUUGACUCCAAGAAUCCAACUGGAGAGAAGCCUACGGGUGCAAAGAAACCAGGUGAAGAUAAACAAACAGAAACCAAGAAAAAAAAUAAAGUAAAUCCAUCAGAUGUCAAGAAACCAACAGAACCGAAGCCAACGGAUAGAAAUAAGCCUAAUAAAGACAAAGAAAUUGACUCCAAGAAUCCAACUGGAGAGAAGCCUACGGGUGGAAAGAAACCAGGUAAAGAUAAACAAACGAAUGCCAAAAAACAAACAUUACCUAAGCCAAUAGUAGGAAAUAAAACCAAUAAUGACAAAAAAACUGGCUCCAACAAUACAGCUGAAGAAAAAACCACUGACACUGAGAAACAAAAAGUUAACCCACCGGAGGCCAAGAAACCAACAGAACCUAAGCCGACGGAUGAAAAUAAGCCUAAUAAGGACAAAAAAAUUGACUCCAAGAAUCCAACUGAAGAGAAGCCAACGGGUGUAAAGAAACCAGGUAAUAAUAGCCCAGUGGAUACCAAGAAUACAAUAGUAACCAAGCCAACAGUAGGAAAUAAAACAGAUAACAACAAAAAAGCAGAUCCCAAGAAUCCAGUUAAAGAAAAUACAACAGAAACCAAGAAAAAAAAUAAAGUAAAUUCAUCAGAUGCCAAGAAACCAACAGAACCGAAGCCAACGGAUAGAAAUAAGCCUAAUAAAGACAAAGAAAUUGACUCCAACAAGCCAACUGGAGAGAAGCCUACGGGUGGAAAGAAACCAGGUGAAGAUAAACAAACGAAUGCCAAAAAACAAACAUUACCUAAGCCAACAGUAGGAAAUAAAACAGAUAAUGACAAAAAAGCAGAUCCCAAGAAUCCAGUUAAAGAAAAUACAACAGAAACCAAGAAAAAAAAUAAAGCAAACCCAUCAGAUGCCAAGAAACCAACAGAACCGAAGCCAACGUAUAGAAAUAAGCCUAAUAAAGAAAUUGAUUCCAAGAAUCCAACUGGAGAGAAGCCCACGGGUGGAAAGAAACCAGUUGAAGAUGAACCAACGAAUGCCAAGAAACAAACAUUACCUCAGCCAACAGUAGAAAAUAAACCAAAUAAGGACAAAAAAGUAGAUUCCAAGAAACCAGCUGUAGAAAAAACAACAGACACCAAGAAAGACAAUACAGUUAACCCAACGGAUGCCAAGAAACCAAAAGAAACUAAGGCAACGGAUGGAAAAAAGCCUAAUAAAGAUAAAGAAAUUGACUCAAAGAAUCCAGUUGGAGAGACCCCAACGGGUGCCAUGAAACCAGCUAUAGAUAACCCAGCGGAUAACAAGAACCCAACAGAAUCCAAGCCAAGAGAUGGAAAUAAGCCUAAUGAAGACAAAGGAAUUGACUCCAAAAGUCCAGCUAAAGAGAAGCAGAUGGGCGAAAAGAAACCAGUUAAAGAUAAUUCAACGGGUAGCAAAAAACCAAUAUUAACGGAUGCAAAUAAGGACAAAAAAGCAGGUUCAAAAAGCCCAGCUGAAGAAAAAACAACGGACACCAAGAAACCUACAGAACCUAAGACAACGGAUGAAAAUAAGCCUAAUCAAGAUAAAGAAAUUGACUCCAAGAAUCCAACUGGAGAGAAGUCCACAGGUGGAAAGAAACUAGUUGAAGGUGAACCAACGAAUGCCAAUAAACAAACAUUACCUCAGCCAACAGUAGGAAAUAAACCAAAUAAGGACAAAAAAGUAGAUUCCAAGAAACCAGCUGUAGAAAAAACAACAGACACCAAGAAUGACAAUACAGUUAACCCAACGGAUGCCAAGAAACCAAAAGAAACUAAGGCAACGGAUGGUAAAAAGUCUAAUAAAGAUAAAGAAAUUGACUCUAAGAAUCCAGUUGGAGAGACCACAAGGAGUGCCAUAAAACCAGCUAUAGAUAACCCAGCGGAUAACAAGAACCCAACAGAAUCCAAGCCAAGAGAUGGAAAUAAGCCUAAUGAAGACAAAGGAAUUGACUCCAAGAAUCCAGCUAAAGAGAAGCAGAUGGGAGAAAAUAAACCAGUUAAAGGUAAUUCAACGGGUAGCAAAAAACCAAUAUUAACGGAUGCAAAUAAGGACAAAAAAGCAGGUUCAAAGAGCCCAGCUGAAGAAAAAACAACGGACACCAAGAAACCUACAGAACUUAAGACAACGGAUGAAAAUAAGCCUAAUGAAGAUAAAGAAAUUGACUCCAAGAAUCCAACUGGAGAGAAGUCCACGGGUGGAAAGAAACCAGCUAUAGAUAACCCAGUGGAUAGCACGAAACCAAUAGAACCUAAGCCAAGAGAUGGAAAUAAGCCUAAUAUAGACAAAGGAAUUGACUACAAGAAUCCAGCUGAAGAGAAGCAGACGGGCGAAAAGAAACCAGUUAAAGGUACCAAAAAACCAACAGUAACUGAAGCAAAUAAAGACAAAAAAGCAAGUUCAAAGAAUCCAGGCGAAAAAAAAACGAUGGAUACGGGGGAAAAAAAUGAUGUUGACCCAAAAGAAACUAAGAAACCAACAGAACCUAGGCCAACAGAUGGAAAUAAACCUAACAAAGACAAAGAAAUUGACUUCAAGAAUCCAACUGGAGAGAAGCAGACAGGCUCAAAGAAACCAGCUAAAGGUAAACCAAGUGCUGCCAAUAAACCGGAAACAAAUAAGCCAAAGAAGGACAAAGGAACGGACUCCAACAAGCCAGCUGAAAAUAAGCCAACGGAAGCAAAGAAACCGUGUGGACAUUCACAGAUAGACACAAAUAAACCAACUGAAGAAAAGCCAAUGGAUGGAAAUAAACAAGGAUCCAAAACCAUAGAUAGUCGUAAUGUUUCUGAAACGCCCAAAAAAAUUACCGGUAAAACUGAAAAAGAUCCUAAUUCUAAUCAAGCAGACGGUAAAAAAGCACCAGCCUACGUCGAAAAUGAUACUACAACAGAAGAAAGUUAUUUGUCAGCAACGUACACGAGCUCUGAAAUACAGACGCAGAACGCUACUGAAGUUCAAACAGAAAAUAUAACCGAAAUAAAAACUCAGAAUAUUACCGAGCUUUCUGGAUCUGGUCCACAACCGACUUCUCCUGGUGAUAUCAAAGCUGCUUCGGAUCCUCAGGUUAUGCAAAACGCUCUACAAGUCGAUGUGAACUUUAAGUUGCUGAUCCUGCCAAACGGGCCGAAGAAUACGAAAAACUGCUAUUGCGCUUGUGACAGUCGUGACCCGCCCAAACUGAUACCUAUGAAGGGGUUGCCAGUUGGAAUAAAUUAAUAAUAAAAUAAACCCAACCAAUAUACUAUCAUAUACUCAAAUAAUUAUGAUAGUAAUUUAGCACAAUCGUGCGAGAAUGCGAUGCAGCGCAAACAUAAGAGUAAACACUAUGUUGCUUUUUCUAUUUAUCUCUUUAUGGAAAGGCAAAGAUUAUUGCCCAUACAGCCUAUUCAUUCAUAUAAUUUACGAUUGAGUGUUGUUCUAAGGCAUAGCAUAUUCAAUCGUGUUUUCUUAUUACUUGUUUUAUAAUAAUUAUGUAAUGUUCCUUUCUUCACUUCGCAUUUUUACAAUUUAUGACACAUCAGAUAAAAAACAUGCUUUUAAUGAUAUCUGGGUUGUUAUUUGCAUAGACAACCAUUUGUUUUACUGUAGCUCGAAACAUUAUAAUCCACUGUCACUAGUAUCCCCUAUUCAUUUUGACGACCCUGGCGUAGAUGGUACGUGCUGUGAUUGUGUAAGUGGGUGGGCCAGAAUUUAGCCAUAAAGUACCACCCUUACGACAAAGACGUGCUGCGAAGAAAUUUAGGUACACCGCGUAGAAACCGAUUAGGGGUAUUAGUUUUAAUAUAACUGGCAUACCUCGAACAGGUUAACCCACUAUCAACUUAAACUGCUAAGGUCUCGAUUUUAUAGAAAAAAAAUAGAAAUUUAUUUGUUAGUUUUUAAAUAUUGUAUGUAUUUAAUUGUG